GAAUUGUGUUUGUUUUGAUGCACUCCGGCGCAUGCAAUUAGCUAAAUUGUUUGUUUAUUUUUUACAAUAAUGUGCACGAGUGCAGAAUUUGAUAAUCGUCUUAUUGAGCUAGUGCGCGCCAAUCCUAGUCUGUACGAACGCGAACUGCGGAAAACACCGUACGACUCGCACAAGAAAAAGAAAACGGAACUGUGGUGCAGCAUUGCAACUUCCCUUGAAACGGAUGUCAGUACGUGCAUAACCCGCUGGAAUUUUUUACGAGAGCGACUACGCCGAGAGUUGCUCAAGGAACACUCGGAUUGGAGUUUGUUGCCAAAGCUGCGAUUUAUUGGACUCCACAAACACCCCAGCAGCAGCGCCCAUCACCAUAAUGAGCACGAACUGCCGCAGGCUGUGCCCACAUCGGCGCUCAUAAAUGUAAGUUGGCGUGCCCUCAGCACCGACCACCUCAUCGAACAGGAUGAGGACGAUGCACUGCAGGAGGCAAUGGACGAGCAGCAUGUGGCUGCAGUUGUUGUGCCACCUCCGCCACCACCACCAGCACCGCCUGCAGCUAUUGCUGCGGCAUCGGGCGACGACGCGAUGAAGCGCAUCGAGGCACUGCUUCAGGGUUUGGGCGCAAAUCGCACCAAGGCAGAGAAAAAAGUUCUGGCCUAUUUGUGCAAAUGCAAUCUGCGAGCGCUCAACGAUGAGCAAAUCGAUGAUAUAUUCAUUUAAAUCGGAGCGGGCAAACACAUCGAACGCACUGAUUAGUCCUAAGAUGUAGAGUAUGUCAUUUAGUCGUUGUAAGUAUUUCAUGGGCUGGGCGCAAAAAUCGAAGACGAGACUACACCAAAAACAACUUCAACUAUGACGCAGUUGGUUGAAGCGUUUCGUCUCGCUGUUGGUCAAAGAGUGCGCGCGCAAGCAAUAACAUGUCCAAUAACCAUGUCUGGCUGGUUUGGGUGGGUGGAUGGGUGUCUUGUGUUGUACGGCAGAUGGGGUAGACGACGCCAAACAAGCAUUUAGUUUAUUAAUUUCGUUGGCGCUGUCCUGCAUGAAGACAUAGGUGAACCAAGCCCACCCCGAUCUCUGACAUGCACAGCCCCCUUAACCGCUCGCUACCCUAUCAGCUAAUAUAAACCACUAAUACUCCAGCGGCCCACGCCCACCGCCGCCCACCUUUCCAUACUUGAUGUCGUGUAGUGGCUGUAGAGCGCAUUAACACCACAUUAUCGAUUGAUUUGGGCAAAGGCACGCAUAAAAAAUCGAUAAGCAUGCAAAGCCAAUGCAAAAUCAUGUAUAUGGUUAAAUUGUUUGAACACCGUUUUGCUGGGCAUAAAUCACGAUAAUAUUUUUAGUUUCGGUUUAUUUAUUGCUAAUAAAUGUUUUCGAAAAGUA